CGCCCAGGACCGGGUCUGUAGCCUUUUUGCUGCUGGGGGGCUUCUUUCCCCACUCAGCUCGGAUGGAGUAGGGGUUUUCUCUCUGUGGGCACUCCUAACACCCACGCAGAUAGGAGCUUCUUAGUUAACUGUUUGGGUCCUAAGGAGCUGUCAUCAUGGACGACAUUUUCACCCAGUGCCGGGAGGGCAAUGCUGUGGCUGUUCGUUUGUGGCUGGACAACACAGAAAACGACUUGAACCAGGGGGAUGACCAUGGUUUCUCUCCUCUGCACUGGGCCUGCCGAGAGGGCCGCUCAGCUGUGGUUGAAAUGCUGAUCAUGAGGGGGGCCCGAAUCAACGUAAUGAACAGGGGUGAUGAUACACCCCUCCACCUAGCAGCCAGCCAUGGGCACCGGGACAUUGUGCAGAAAUUGCUUCAAUACAAGGCUGACAUAAAUGCAGUGAAUGAGCAUGGGAAUGUGCCCCUUCAUUAUGCCUGCUUCUGGGGCCAGGACCAAGUGGCAGAGGACCUUGUAGCUGGUGGAGCACUUAUCAGCAUUUGUAACAAGUAUGGGGAGAUGCCAGUGGACAAGGCCAAAGCCCCACUUCGAGACAGCCUCCGAGAACGUGCAGAGAAGCUGGGCCAGCCAAUGGGCCGUAUUCCAUACAAAGACACAUUCUGGAAAGGGACAACACGCACUCGACCCCGGAACGGCACCCUGAACAAACACUCAGGCAUCGACUUCAAGCAGCUCAACCUGGUGGUGAAACUCAACGAGAACCAGUCAGGAGAGCUGUGGAAGGGUCGAUGGCAGGGGAAUGACAUCGUCAUCAAGAUGUUGAAGAUCCGGGACUGGAGUACAAGGAAGAGCAGAGACUUUAAUGAGGAGUAUCCCAAGCUGAGGAUUUUUUCACACCCCAACGUGCUGCCUGUGUUGGGAGCCUGCCAGGCACCCCCUGCCCCCAACCCCAUUCUCAUCACCCACUGGAUGCCUUAUGGCUCCCUCUACAAUGUACUUCAUGAAGGGACCAAUUUUGUUGUUGACCAGACUCAAGCUGUCAAGUUUGCUCUGGAUAUGGCACGGGGCAUGGCCUUCCUACACACACUGGAGCCCCUCAUACCCCGGCAUGCCCUCAACAGCCGAAGUGUCAUGAUCGACGAGGAUAUGACUGCCCGUAUCAGCAUGGCUGAUGUGAAAUUCUCUUUCCAGUGCCCAGGGCGCAUGUAUGCCCCUGCCUGGGUGGCUCCUGAGGCUCUGCAGAAGAAGCCAGAGGAGAUUAAUCGUCGUUCUGCAGACAUGUGGAGCUUCGCAGUGCUGUUGUGGGAACUAGUGACAAGGGAGGUACCAUUUGCUGACCUCUCCAACAUGGAAAUUGGCAUGAAGGUUGCCCUGGAAGGCCUUCGACCCACCAUUCCUCCAGGUAUCUCCCCACAUGUGUGUAAACUCAUGAAGAUCUGCAUGAAUGAGGACCCAGCCAAAAGGCCCAAGUUUGACAUGAUUGUACCCAUCCUGGAAAAGAUGCAGGACAAAUAG